GCCGCGCCGCCGCGCCGCACCGCCAAACCCUCGCCCGCUGGCGGGCCGCGCGCCCGCCGCGCACCGCGCCUUGCCGCAACAGCGCCGCGCCGCGCCGCGCGUUCGCAUUUUUUCUAAAUUAAAUUUUUUUAGAAUUUUAUAAGUUAACCUGACGGCGUACCGACGGGUAAACGCAUCAGGAUCGUCUACGUACAGUUGGCAGGGAAUGCGCCGGUAUUGUAAUUAACGAGAGUUGAUAUAUUAGAGUAAUUUAAUAAAUGAGAACAGAGGACGCGCGCCGGGAACACAAAUAUGGCCUCUUUCAAAGAUUGGCUAACAGUGACGUGGGCACAGAGCGGCAUGCAGCUGCAGCCAGAUGGCACCGCGGGCGACGACAUCGACCCAGUGAAAGGACGUUGUGGGAGAGCAGGCAGCCUGGCUGCGACGCCCGGUGAGAAGCUUCUAGAACUUCUCCGGCCCAGCACGGGAACACCUCGGCGGCACUCCACAGCGGCCUGCGCCCCGCAGCCGCCGCGACCUUCUGGAUUUGUGUACUGUCCGUCAGACGCCCUGCCGUACUGUCCACCGUCCAGGCUAGCUCCACCAAGGCCUAUACUAAAGCUCCAGCCACCACCACAGAUACAGCAACCGCCGGUGCAGCCCCAACCACCGCCACCUCCAGUACCCCAACGUACUGCUCCAGUCACGCCAGUGCCCUUACCUGUUCCACCGCCAGCUCCGCCUCGGCGCUCCUCCCCGCAACCGCCCCGGCGGGUCCCACCACCGACACCGCCUCGACCGUCAACGAGUCCGGCCACUGACCCCAACGGCAACCGUCGAAUUGUCUCUGUCCAACCACAGCCACGGCUCGACUGCAACAGAAAUCCCCAGCCGCCAGUCCCGAGAAGACCUCCGCAAAAAAUGCCAGACACUCCUUACACACCUGCACCUUUGCCUCAAAAUAAUCAGACAAUAAAGCGUUCGCCAAGUUCAGGCUCAAAUAUUAGCAUCCGGCAAGAUUCCAACGUGUCCUCGGAUUCGUUCAGUCAAACGUCCUCACCGUCGUACACUACAAAGACAAUGGAAGCACCGCUACUGCCACAUCAGCAUGUGAACAAGAGCCUCAAUGCGAAAAUAGCACGAGGACUGCUGCUCAAAGAACAGCAGGAGAAGGAAUCAGGGAACUCGUCCAUCACAAAGAGUAUGUCGACACCGGCGUCGCUACAGACGAUUGUGAGGUUCCAAAAUGGGAGCAACAUGUCGCUACAUCAUCGGAUGUUGCGGGACAUGAGGGGCGCCGGCAACGAGGGCUCUCCACACAAGUUUCGAGUUCUGCAGCUGGCGUUGAACGCGGUGGCACUUCUCGCCAUUACUGGUGCACUGUUCGCUUACUUCCGAGCCAACCCCGCGGUACAGUACGUGUCGCAAGUGGUAAACCGGUCCACAGUGGUGACAUGGCCUACGCCGACAGAACCGCCCGGCUCCAGGAACCCCGCGCCAGGAGUCUGCCUGCCAGUCAUAGUCAACUUCUGUCAGCAGCACAGGAUAUCGUAUAACUUCACCGUGUUCCCAAACUACAUCGGCCAUUUUGGACAGAGGGACGCUCAACAAGAUCUAGAGAUAUAUGACGCUGUGGUAGACGUCAGAUGUUACGAAUUAACUGCACUCUUUCUAUGUUCCUUGUUCGUGCCGAAGUGUGGACCACUAGGGCAUAUGGUGCGGCCCUGUAGGAGUUUGUGUCAAGAAACGAUGCGGCGCUGCGGCUUCUUUCUAGAAGUGUUCGGACUGUCGAUGCCCGAUUAUCUUCAGUGUGACAUAUUCCCAGAAUCGACGGACACCGAUGUCUGCCUUGGCAACAGGGAGGUCAAAGAGGCGCGUUUCAGGGCCGCCAAACCAGUAUGCCCCACUGGAUUCCAAUGCGACAUAAAACGCUGCAUCCCACACGACUGGCGCUGCGACGGGCACGUGGACUGCGCAGACCGAUCUGACGAACUCAACUGUCGCGUCUGCAAACGGACAGGCGAUGUGCACUGCGGAAACCAGCGGUGCAUCUCGCAGUCACAUAUGUGCGAUGGCAAGAUGGACUGCCCCUGGGGACAAGAUGAGAGGAAUUGUUUGAGACUGAGUGAAGCAAACGGUGACGUGGGCAGAGGCGAACUACAGGUAUAUCGCGCCGCCAACCAGUCCUGGUUCUCAGCGUGCAUCACGACCCUGGACGACAACACGGCUUCCAAGCUGUGCGCCAUGCUUGGUUACUCGUGGGUGAAUAGAAGCACGCCAGUAACGGUCCCAGGCUACCCGGGCUCCAGGGCUGGACGUAUGCAUAUGCAUAGCGUGGCGCAGACGUUUCGUGCCUUCCAGCUCAACGAGGGCGGUCUGCUGAAGGAACUCAAGGAAUGUCGACAGGAUACCACCAAGGUCCACCUAGUGUGUCAGAAUUAUGAGUGUGGCAAACGGCGAACUCUGGCCAGUGCAACGAAACGCAUAGUUGGUGGUGUGGAGGCGUCGCCUGGAGACUGGCCGUUCUUGGCGGCAAUCCUCGGCGGGCCCGAGGAAGUAUUCUACUGCGCUGGCGUGUUGGUCGCUGAUCAGUGGGUGCUGACUGCGUCACACUGCGUUGGCAAUCAUUCAGAUGUGAACGGCUGGACUAUUCAACUGGGCAUCACCCGCCGGCGCUCGCAUGCCUACUACGGACAAAAGGUGAAGGUGCGCCGAGUGGUUCCGCACCCUCUGUACAACGUUGGAGUCGCUCAUGACAACGACAUCGCGCUGUUCCAGCUCGCAGUACGCGUACGCUACCACGAGCAACUGUCUCCCGUGUGUCUACCACCUGAAAACCGUGCACUACCAGCGGGAACCCUCUGCACCGUCAUCGGGUGGGGGAAACGUGAUGAUAAAGACAUGUCCGAAUAUGAGCCGGCGGUGAAUGAGGUGGAGGUGCCGUUAUUGAACCGUGAUAUUUGCAACCAGUGGCUCGAGCAUAGGGACCUCAAUGUGACGGAGGGCAUGAUCUGCGCCGGCUACCCUGAAGGUGGCAAGGACGCAUGUCAGGGCGACUCAGGUGGACCGCUGCUGUGUAAAGAUCCGGACGAUCCAUCGCGCUGGUACGUGGGCGGCAUCGUCUCCUGGGGCAUCAAGUGCGCGCACCCUCGCCUGCCAGGUGUCUACGCAUACGUGCCCAAAUACAUACCCUGGAUCCAGCGGCAAAUCGCCCUCUACAACGACGACAAAGCAAGGUCUGAGGACAUCUGAGGGCAUCGUUUCCACAUGUAGCCCCCCGCUCACCGUCGGAUCCACGGUAACGACAUAUAGACCACUUGAGUCCCCUAUCCAUGUGUUCCACUUUAAUUUUGAAGGUAAGAUGUCGAAGGUGGCAAUUUACGACAAUAAUUGAAUGCACGACAAUAAAACUGAGAGCCGAUGGCCAUUUUACAAACCUAUCACUCGACUAUCGCGUGAGGAGAAUUGUGAAGCUGUGAUACUAUGAAAUCUUUUAUUAUGAAACGAGUUCGAUUGUAUUGUAUUUAAAGUUUACCGGUUACAACUAAGGUUGACUUUUUGACUUUGCCGUUUUUUUCGUCUCUCGAUACCUUUUCUCGGGAUAAUGUGUAACUUCGUUGUAAUCUAUUUAACGGGAAGUUAAUAUAAGCGGCUUAUUUAAGUGACGUAGGGUUCUGAAGCUUUAGCCUAAAACGUUUAGGAGGUUUUUUGUUUUUAUAUUGUCCCUUGAAAAUUUCGUUUUUAUUCCGUGUUGUUGAACGUUUAGUGUCACAUAGCGUCGUGGACGUGCUUCUGGUGAGGGAGAGACGGAUAUAAAUUGUGUAUUGAGGUUAUAGUAAAAUCAAAUGAUCAAGAAUAGUCAUCUCAGUACAUAAAGGUUAAGUUUCUAUAUUUAUUGGAAUAAGCUAAUAUAAUAAUAGGCAAAAAUAUACCAGUUUAAAGUCUUUAUAUGGAAUAUCCCAUUUUCGUACUGCCCUCCCCUAAGCACGGCCAUAUUUAGCACUUAAGUGUAUGUUUGUUUGAUGUUUGGUGUUAGUAAUACUAGCAGAAAGUGCUUUUAUAGAGUAAACUGAUGGAUAACUAUCACAUAGAAAUUGACAUCAGAAAUAGUGUCAUCUGUACAUACGUGUUAGAACUAAUCCGAUAUGUGUGUGAUAAUGUCAAGUAAAUUAUUCUUCCUUCCCCAUUGACAAUAAAUUCUGGAAUCUAUGACAAUAAUAAUAAAAAAAAUAUACAUAUAUAUAUAUAUAUAUAUAUAUGUUGAACUUAGUAUUAUGGUAAGUCGCAAGUGACAAUAAUUGUUAUGGGAAUAAAAGAAAAAAAAACUCAGUUUAGUGUUACCUGUAGACGGUACUAUUGUAAACAUUUUUAAUCGUGAUUGAUUUAUCAUGAUAGUGACAUAUGACAAUAAUUACUUUUUCGACAACAUUUAUAUACAAACUUACAGUAGUAUAAGCUUUGUUAUAUACUAUACAAUGUAAAUUAGUACUCAUAUUCUGUUUUUUUUUUAUUUUUGUUUUCUAAAAUUAGGUAGCAACAUUUUCUAAACUUCAAAUUACUGAUACUAAUGAGGAAAUUAGUAAAAUAGCUUUAAUAGUUUGUAAGUUAGGUUAGUUAGAGUAUAUGUACUAAUCACUGUUUAGAUAUAUAUAUACUUAACAAAAAAAUUUUGUUCUUCAACUUGCCCCCUACUUUUGUACAUACAUUGUAUAACUUGUACAUUUUCGUUUCAAAAAAGUAUAUUUACAAGAAUCUCAUAGGUGGUACGUUAAAUAUUUGAUGAUCUUUAUAAUGAAU